UGCAUCGCCUGCAGCAUGUUGGGCGUCGCUGUCAUUUCGUCCAGAUGGGCACUAUUCUUCGUGACGCUGCUGCACACGGGCUCAGGGUACGCUCACUACCGAGAUAAAAUACCCAACGGUCACAAUGUCCCCAGCCCCUGCAAACCCGGGGAGACGUGGGCAGGGGUGGGGCACAAGCUGAUGGCAGGGGGCGGGGUCAGGAACACCUUCGGACAGGAUUUUGCAGACAACGGCAGGGAAUGGACAAGAGCGUUGUGUGAGAAGGAUUCGGACAGUGACGGAUUGACCAAUGGUCAGGAACUGGGCGACCCCAACUGUACCUGGUCUCAGGGAAUGACAAACCCCACCGGUUCAACGCUAUCCCACCCAGGUGUGUGUGACCCCUGGAACGACCCCAAGUGUCUGGCCAAAGACGAGAGUUGGGUACUGACGGCCUGUCAGGCUUCGGACUUCACCUGCAACGGCAUCAAAUACGUCAACGUGCGAAACAAGGAUUUGAGGAUACCCAGGACUGCCGUGCCACCAGUUGAAACAACCUACAUGUGUCAGAUCUUCUCCAUCCCUAACGACACCGACUACCACAUCAUUGCCAGCAAGCCUAUCAUCGACAACGUCAACAUUAUGCACCACGCCGUCAUCUUCGGCUGCACUGAAGACGAACCUGAAUCCCUUGCCCCCUUUGCUUGCGGCAUGCUUCCUGGUGGGAGCUGUCGGGCCGUCACAAGUAUCUGGACACUGGGCAGUUCAGGUGACUGCAUACACGAGUCGGUGGGAUUCAGGAUGGGGGUACACGGCUUCAAGAAGUUAGCUGUUCAGCUGCAUUGGAACAAUCCCGAAAAGAGGAGUGACUAUUUCGACCAAUCAGGAAUGACGAUCUACUUCACCCCGGUCCUGCGAACUUAUGAUGCAGGUAUCCUGACAACUGGUCAAGAGAGCCUACUGAUCCCACCUGGAGAGCCUAGUGUGAAGACCCUGGCCAGAACCCCCGGCGCAUGUACCAACCGUUCCUUCACAGGGACAAUCUAUGUAACAGCAACCCUGAACCACAUGCAUUACCUGGGAAUCUCCCAAUCUCUGGAGCUGUACAGGAAUGGCGUCAAAGUCCGAGAUGUUGCAAGUGACCCAAAAUAUAACUAUGACAAUCCAUUAUUUCACAAAUUCAGUGACCCCAUUGAGAUCCGACCUGGCGACGAGCUGAGGACGCAUUGUGAGUUCGCAUCCUCCAAGAAGUCUACGACAACAAUGUUCGGUGAUGCGACGUCCGACGAGAUGUGCUACAGUUUCAUCACCUACUACCCUCAACAGAACUCCAACAGACCAUUCCUCACCAACUUCAAGAGUAUUCCUAAAUGCAUGCUUGGCAUUGAGGACACGUACGAAGGUUGUGCUUGGAAGACGAUUUUAUCCGACCCCGAAUUAUUGCAGCUUCAAGUCCUUGUGAACACCACUUGCAACUUGUUUGAGAAGUGUUCGCCGGCAUGUUACAAUGCCAUUCAGACAACAAAGCAGCACAAAUGUUUCCAGGGCGAUAUAUGGAAAUAUAACAUCUAUACACUGUUAAGGAUGAAGAUCACCAUCACGUUUCUCAUGAAGUUGCGGUCGUGUGAGUGUGAAGACGUUGCACCCUCCUCAGCACCCCCUACAGCCCCCGACGCGGUCUCCAAGCCUGACAACAGCACCUGUGACUGGGCAGGCUUAUAUGUUCCAUCGGUUGGAAACCCACUCGACACCAUCAUCAUCAACGUCACUGGCAGUUGUGCUGCUACGGGCGACUGUCUCCAGGAGUGCGUGCCUGCUGUCAGGGCUGCGAGGGAACAUCCGUGCUUCCAGGGAGCGGAGUGGGAACACGGACGGCGCUACCUCUAUGAAAGAUCAAACUCCAAGACUCUGGAGUUUCUCUUGGACUUUGAAUCCUGUAAUUGCGAGUUGGGGAUCGCUGCUACAACAGGUGCAGUUUCAUUUCAGUAUAGUUGUCAGCACCUUGUUCUGAUAACAAUCAUUUCCGUCUUCAGGGUUCUUGCUUAAACCAACUCGAUAUACCUGUACCUGUACCGGUGACUAAGUAAAUGAGGUUAUCUAUCCAGAUCUUUUUUCGAUGCCAUGGCUUCUAUUUCCUAUUUCCUCUUUCACGAUAUUCUCCAAAUGCUGGUUGUUUACGUAGGCUUCACAUAAACUGUGUAAUACACAUAAUGACGUGCACACAUCGUGUUUUAUAUAUUACUAUAACGUUGUAACCCCCCGCUUGUCAACUGCUGUAACAGUUGUUACUGUAACUUCUUUCUCCUACUGCUACUGUUACUACAACUACUACUACUCCUACUACUACUGUUACUACAACUACUACUACUACUGCUGCUGCUGCUGUUACUACAUAUUCUACUCCAACUGCUACUGUUACUACAACUACUCCAGCCACUACUCCAACUGCUAUUAGUAAUCCUCAUCCUCGUCCUAUUACUACAACAUCUACUAUUUCUGCGACUACAACAUCUACUACUACGGCUACAACAACAACUACUACUUCUACUAUUAUAUUUUGUAAUAAAUAUAAUGACGUA